AUGGCUCACAACCACAGGAAAUGGGAUGACACUCUAAAGUUCAUUUGCAUGGCCUAUAACACGAUGAUCCAUGAAGGGACAGGAUUUUCAACCUUUUACUUAACAUUUGGAAGAGAUGCAAACUUACCCUCACUACUUGCCACCACUCUAAACCUUAAAUCCCCUGAGUUAGUAAGACUUUGGAAAAAAAGGCACGAGAAAUACAUACGGCGGGCUCGUGAAAGAAUUGAAAAAUCGAAAGAAAAAUAUAAGCGGGUCCAAGAUGCAAAAAUUGUCAUCCUGGAGAAAAAUUUUGAAAUUGGUGAUUUAGUAUUACUUGAGAACAAUAAAACGGGGAAGCUAUUACCAGACUGGAAAGGACCUGCUACUAUUAUUGGCAUCGAAACCAAUAAUAAUCACGUGGUACUCAUUAACAACGAACGACAACGAAUCCAUGAGAACAAAUUAAAACUAUACUACUCCUAG